GUAAAUGGUUAACUCAAAAAUCUAGGCACUCUGAGCUCAGAUUACGUCUACUUUCAGAGGUGACUGUGUCCUUAACAAGCUGCCUGCGCUCCUUGUUUUGCUUUCUUCAGCUUCAUGCGUUUUAUUCUGUCCUGGAACUCUGACAACAUUUAUUUUGUUAAUAUCUGCCUGAAAACUUUCAAAAAAUGUGAAAUUAGCGAGUCAUGUUUGUGGAAACAAAUGAAAGCAAAACUGGAUCUUACCUGAGCUGCUGUCCAAAGGGCUUGGAGCGAAACUGGAGCACAUUUCAGUGGGAAGUCCAAAACUAUCUGUGAAAAGUCUCUCUGCAGCUUUUAAUUUGUGCUUUGACUUUCCCCUCACAGUGAACUCUUGUUAUCAGAACUGCACAGACUGGAUCCCGUGUUAUCUGUAAACAUAGCCCGCCUCUGCUAAGGACUACGAACACCACAGAACAUCCCCUGUUUGUUGCCUUCAGAAGCAGAGAGCGGACUCACUUUUCAAUUUUCCGGAGAUUUUAUUUUAAAUUUCCCUCCCGGCGAUUGCGUCUCGCAUGGCCUUAGAACUCACCAACAAUGGAUAAAUCCAGCGAAAACCCGGAGGAGGACAGAGUAUCCCUCCAGAGCGACGGAAAGAUGCAGGCGAACGGAGUGGUGAAAGAGGCUCUGGGCGUGCUCCAGACAUUCAGGCGGAGCAUUAGGCGACCCGCCGAGAAGAGCCCCCGCUCACCCAACAGGAAGGAGUCAAAGGUCACAUCCAGAGCAGAGUCAGAGUCGCCCUCCUCUCUACCGCCAGCCUCGCCCAGUCUUAGUGCGGGCUCUCCAGCUGCAUCACCCUUGAAGACCAGAGGGGGCUUCUUUCAAAAAAAGGAAGAAGAUCUGACAGACAUGACACAACACAAACGCAAACCUCUAGCUCGCUCAAAGACAGAUCCCAACAUGUCUAAGCUGACCGACUCCAUUCUGAAGAAAGGAUCCUCAAUUCGCAGAAGUCUGAGGUUUCCCUCCAAGAAGGAGAAUGACAAAGUGGCCAGGCAGGAGCCUCCAGCCGCUGAGGCCCUGCCAGAAAUGGGGGAGGAGAAAGAAACUGAUAUGGAGGAGAUGGAGGAGCUGUACACGCUGCCUGAAAUUCCACACACACCACUGUCAGUUAUGCAGAUCAACAAGCUGAUAGAGAUGGAGGUUCUGGAGGAAGCUCAUCUGAACCUGCUUGCCAUGCGACUGGAGUUUCUGAAGGAGCAACAGCAAACUGGUGACGACUCCCCCAUGGAGUUGGCGAAGAAGGAGAAAGACCUGGCCCUCCUCUAUACGGACCUCAGGAAAAAGAUUUGCACCAUAGUCUGUGAUUCCAACUCCUUUCCUGCCAGGAACAAGGCACUACUGGUCCACGUGGCUCGCAUCAUCCAGGAGGAGGAGAAGAGGGCUGAGGAACCAGGCGGCCUGCCAGACAGCUGGAUGGAGGCCUGGAGGGAGGCGGUGUCCCAGGGCGUGCAGGUCAAGGUCAACGGUGUUCAUCUGGAGAAGAAGGAACAGAAUUCAUCCUGGUUGGCGGUCCAUCUCGGGCUCCUGGGAAAAACUAUUGUAGAGGAUCUGGAGAAUGUGAAGCGGGAGCUGCGAUGGUCCUACCCACCCAGCUUCAAGGUCUUCAGCACCUACGUGAAGAGCUACCACAGAAUCGUCGGGCAGCACUUGAGGAAGCUGGAGCCGCAGGUGACCGAGUUAAAGGAUCUGUACGCUCUGCUGGACUGGAUCCUCAACAAAUACAAGAGUGAGAAGAUCAUGGGAAGUUUCUCCUUGCAGCCGGACAUGGCGGAGGAAAGUGCUGACCUGCACCUACAGGAAGGAUUCCUGAAGCAGCUUUUGGAGAAGUACUGCUGCAAAGUAAAGGAGGACAUGAGCGCUCUGCUGGACAGAGUGAUUGAACUCGAACAUGAGACUGUGUGGAAAGACAAGACGGAGCCCCAGAGGGAAGACAACCUGCUGCUCUCUCUGUUUCCUAUGGACAUUUGGACUGCAGUUCAAGGAAAAGUGGACCACUCAGGAAAACUGGACCCUGAUCUGGUGAAGAAAGUCAUCGUUUCCUGCCUGCAGGAGUUGAAAAGUUUUCCCAGGAAAUUUGAAACCCAGUUUAAGUGCCACUGCGGCGCCCUCCAGCCACAGCCACUGUGGACCGACUAUCACAUAACGUACAUCAACAGCUUUCAGGCUUUACAGGAACACAUGGCAGCGUACCAGGACAGCUGUCCGCAAGAGGUGGAAGGCUUCAAACGGGAGAUCAAAGGUCUCAUCGUCAGGCUGAUGGAAGUUUUGGAGGAACAGUUUAAAGAGGAUGUCAAGCCCUUUCUCAGGAGGAUGAUGACGAGGAAGUGGCUCACCAACGACGAUGACUUCAAACAACUCGACGGCCAUAUACAGCGGCUUUCCCAUCACUGCGAAUCCAUGAGGCCUCCGCACGUAGAGGAGUUUGCCAGCCGACUUCAUUACCAUGUUGUGAAGGAAUACGUCGGGCAGCUGAUGAAGAAUAACUACUCGUGCAGGAACCGGAAGCACGAGAAGGCUGCAGCAAAGAUCAACGAACAGUGGAACAAGCUCAGCGAUCUGUUUGACGACAUGAAGUCUAGCCAUGAGUGGCUCCACCAUGUCGGACACGACCUGAGCACCAUCAUCGGACAAAACAACAAGGCAGACAUCAAGGACCAUCUGCAGCCUCUCGUGGAACAUUACCCAGACUUCAGCAAGAAACAUCUGGUUGCAGUUCUUUACUUCAGGGGCCUCCAGAGGGGCCGCGAGCACCACCUCAUCCUGCAGAAACUCACCGCACUCAGAAAGGAAGUGGGCAGCACCAGCACUGAGAGAGGCCAAGUUUUAUUUGGGGACAUGCAGGUCACAGCCAACACCGACUGCCUGUCCAACCUGCCUUUCUCUUGUUUCAGCUUCCUACAAACACACAGCUGAGAAGGAAAUGCAGGUGAAACGUCCUGUUCAAGCUCUGCAUGCGGACCGAUCGCAGGAGACGCCACGUUGCAUUUUUUCUCAGGAUGCGUUAUUCUGCAUCAGUCGGGUCUGGUACAUACACAACAGAACUGUUAUGUUCCUCCCUCUGCAUUACAGAGUUCAGACAUUUAAUAAUGAGUAUUCAGCAAAGCAACACUGCCUAGAAAUGAACUAAAGCACACAAGAUUGAUGUUGUUUUUAGCUAAAGUUAGCCUAUAGAUGUGUCUGUACCAUAAUAUUUGAUUUUUUUUUUUAAAUUAUAUGUUUCCUGCUCUGGAAAGCAACACUGUGGGUUAGAGUCACAUGUUGUUUAAGUUCAUGAAGAGUAUGAUCAAUUUAUGAAGCAAAAAAACAGAAAUAUGCAAUAAGUCAAUUCAAUUAAAAUAAAAAUGAGCGAAAAGGUUAAACAUAACAAACAAAAAAAAACAAGCAAAUUAUCAAAUAUAUAUAAAGUCAAAGAAAGUAAAAACUGGUAUUCAUGUCUUUCUGAAAGCGUUUGAGUAAAAUUUAAAGGGGCAAUAUCAUGUAAAAUUGAUUUUUUGAGAUUUGCAUCAUGUUAUGAGAUUAUUCUCUAAUCAAAAACAAACCUGGAGUGUUGCCUUGAUUCUCUCAUGCUUGUUUGAGAAAUAAUUUAAUCUCCAUGACAACCAUUCAGUUGUGGAAAACGGCUUGGUGGACCUUGCUCCACCUUCAAGACGAAGCUCCUCCUCAGAGCUGCAGCUUCCGUCUCACAGAGCGACUCCCUGACUCAGCUCCUUCAGACUAGCCAGCAGCAAUUAGCAAACACUGCUCAUCUGCUGAGCUCAUUAUAGGAGCUACUUUU